AUGCUCAGGAUCGAUGAACUUGUAGAGUUUGGAUGUCGCUUCCUUUGUUCGGUCCUCUAUAUCGUGAACGAUACCUUCACGACCGAAAACCCAGAGAAGAUCCAAAAGUUCAUGAGAGCCGUCAAGGGCGCUACCGACUUCAUCCUCGCUUCCCCAGCCGAAGCAUACCCAGCCUACAUCGACAUUAAACCUCAGAUGGACUCUGUCACCAACAGGAAGAUUUAUUAA